GUUAGAGUUUAUAAUUAAUUAGAAUAAAAACAACAACAAGGUGACGAUAGUUUUAUUAUUUGCUAAAAGAACGAAAUACCUAUAAAUUAAAUAAGGCCGUAUCUUAAUAUAUAAUUUCACAUAAUAUCCAAGUUAAACUGCAGCCAUGGGAGACGAGGAUGUAAUACGUAGAAGACUCCUAAUUGAUGGAGAUGGUACUGGAGAUGAUAGGAGACUGAAUGUUUUAUUAAAAACGUUCAUAAAAUGGUGUGCAGAUGAAAAAAUGGAGGAGAGUAAAGCAACACAUGACAGAAUGCUGGCCCAACUUGCUCAAUGCGAAUUUGCAGUCACAAAAUCUCAGUUGGGUUCAGAGAUGAUGGCUGCGGAACUCCAAAGCUAUGAGUCUUUAUCCAAAAUACUAGAGAAUGGUAUAGAAGUUGCUAAGGGUAACAUUGAAAAGAGUAAAGCGGAUUUCGCACAGGCGAAAACUGUAAGAAAGAAUCGCAUAGAAUAUGAUGUUCUAGCAAAAGUUAUAAGCGAACAGCCCGAUAGGAAAGAGACCUUAGACCGACUAAGUUUAUUAAAAACAGAACUGGGUAGUUUAGAGGCAACUAAACAACAACUAGAAAGUAGAUUGUCUUUAAGGAAAAAGCAAUUUCAUGUGUUGGUGACUUCGAUACAUCAGCUGCAAGCUUUGUUGGAUGAACCUGAUGAUAUGGAUAAUAUUUCUGAAGAUAUUGAAAUGAUAUGAAAAAUAUGUUUGCCUAGUACAUUUGUUUUUUUUUUUGUAAAAUAUAUCUAAGAAAGCAUC